AUGGCCACCCAGAUCUGUACUCCUACCUUCUCCGCUGGGUCUUUCAAAGGCCUUUGUGGUCCUGCGGGUGGCAUCUCUCGGAUGUCCUCCAUUCGUUCUGUGGGCUCUUGCAGGGUCCCCAGUCUGGCUGGGGUUGCAGGGUCUGUCUCUUCUGUUAGGCUGGGCCUUUCCGGUCUUGGGAGCUGCUUGCCUGGUUCCUACCUGUCUUCUGGGGGCUACCACUCUGGCUAUGCUGGGACUGGGGGCUGGUUCUGUGAGGGCUCCUUCAAUGGCAGUGAGAAGGAGACCAUGCAGUUCCUGAAUGACCGCCUGGCCAACUACCUGGAGAAGGUGCGCCAGCUGGAGCGGGAGAAUGCAGAGCUGGAGGGUCGCAUCCGUGAGUGGUAUGAGUCUCAGAUCCCAUACAUCUGCCCGGACUACCAAUCCUACUUCAAGACCAUCGAGGAUCUGCAGCAGAAGGUCCUGCUGACCAGGGCUGACAAUACCAGGCUGGUCCUGCAAAUUGACAAUGCCAAGCUGGCUGCUGAUGACUUCCGGACCAAGUAUGAGACAGAGCUGUCCAUGCGGCAGCUGGUGGAGGCCGACAUCAAUGGCCUACGCAGGAUCCUGGAUGAGCUGACCCUGUGCAAGGCUGACCUGGAGAUGCAGGUGGAGUCUCUGAAGGAGGAGCUGCUGUGUCUCAAGAAGAACCACGAGGAGGAAGUCAAUACACUCCGCUGCCAACUUGGGGACCGACUGAAUGUGGAGGUGGACGCUGCCCCACCAGUAGAUCUCAACAAGAUCCUGGAUGAUAUGAGAUGCCAGUACGAGGUGCUGGUGGAGAACAACCGCAGGGACGUGGAGACCUGGUUCAACACCCAGACGGAGGAGCUGAACCAGCAGGUGGUGUCCAGCUCAGAGCAGCUGCAAUCCUGCCAGACGGAGAUCAUCGAGCUGAGACGCACAGUCAAUGCCCUGGAGAUCGAGCUGCAGGCCCAGCACAGCAUGCGGAAUUCCCUGGAAUCCACCCUGGCCGAGACGGAGGCCCGCUAUAGUUCCCAGCUGGCCCAGAUGCAGGGCCUGAUUACCAAUGUGGAGGCUCAGCUGGCUGAGAUUCGCUGUGACCUGGAGCGGCAGAACCACGAAUACCAGGUCCUUCUGGAUGUCAAGGCCCGGCUGGAGUCAGAGAUCGCCACCUACCGCCGCCUGCUAGAGGGUGAAGACUGCAAGCUUCCUGCCCACCCCUGUGCCACGGAAUGCAAGCCUACUUUGAGAGUUCCUUAUCUGCCAAGCAUGCCCUGUGCCACCACGAGCAUGCCCUGCACCCCAGCUUCCCAAAUCAGUACCCAGAUCCGAACCAUCACUGAGGAGAUCCGAGAUGGUAAAGUCAUUUCUUCUCGCGAGCAUGUGCAGCCCUGCCCAUUGUAA